GGAGCCGGAGGGGCUCGGGACGCCGCAAGCAGACCUGCUCCGGCUGCGCGCCGCGCGGCUCUCCUCCGAGAGGGGCAGCAGUAGCCUCGGCGGCCGCAGCUCCUCCGGGGAACCGAGCACGCCUCUCCUGCGCCCCCAGGACCCGCCACCUGCUCCCCGCUUGCAGCUGAGCCGCCGCCCGAGAUGGAUUUCCUCCUGGCGCUGGUGCUCGGGUUCUCGCUCUACCUGCAGGCGGCCGCGGAGUUCGACGGGAGGUGGCCCAGGCAAAUAGUGUCAUCCAUUGGGCUGUGUCGUUACGGCGGAAGGAUUGACUGCUGCUGGGGCUGGGCCCGCCGGUCCUGGGGACAGUGUCAGCCUUUCUACGUCUUAAGGCAGAGAAUAGCCAGGAUAAGGUGCCCGCUCAAAGCUGUGUGCCAGCCACAGUGCAAACAUGGUGAAUGUGUCGGGCCAAACAAGUGCAAGUGUCAUCCUGGAUAUGCCGGGAAGACCUGCAAUCAAGACGAACACCUCUACCCAACUCCUCUUGACCAAGGCAGUGAACAGCCUCUUUUACAGCCCCCGGAUCAUCAAGCCACAAGUGUGCCUUCAAGGGACCUAAACGAGUGUGGCCUGAAGCCGCGGCCCUGCAAGCACAGAUGCAUGAACACUUACGGCAGCUACAAGUGCUACUGUCUCAACGGAUACAUGCUUAUGCCGGAUGGGUCCUGCUCAAGUGCCCUGACAUGCUCCAUGGCAAACUGUCAGUAUGGCUGUGAUGUUGUCAAAGGUCAAAUCCGGUGCAAGUGCCCGUCUCCUGGCCUCCAGCUGGCCCCUGAUGGGAGGACCUGUGUGGACAUUGAUGAAUGUGCUACUGGAAGAGCCUCCUGCCCCAGAUACAGGCAGUGUGUGAACACUUUUGGGAGUUACAUCUGCAAAUGUCAUAAAGGCUUCGACCUCAUGUACAUAGGAGGCAAAUACCAAUGUCACGAUAUAGAUGAAUGCUCCCUUGGGCAGUACCAGUGCAGCAGCUUUGCGCGAUGUUACAACAUACACGGGUCCUACAAGUGUAAAUGUAAAGACGGAUACCAGGGCGAUGGACUGAAUUGUGUGUAUAUUCCAAGAGUAAUGAUUGAACCUUCAGGUCCUAUUCAUGUACCAAAGGGAAAUGGUACCAUCUCAAAGGGCGAUGGAGGACACAGUAAUUGGAUUCCUGAUGUCAGAAGCACUAGGUGGCCUCUGAAGACACCGUACAUGCCUCCUGUCAUUACCGACAGGCCCGCUUCUAAGCCAACAGCAAGGCCUACACCAAGGCCAAUGCCAGAGCCUACACCCCCUCCACCCCCACCCCCACCCACCGAGCUCAGAACACCUCCGCCAGCAACAGCCUCGGAAAGACCGGCCACCAGACUCACAACCGUGCCACCAGUCGCCACCACAGCGCCCAGAGAGAUUACGGUUGACAACAGGAUACAGACGGACCCUCAGAAACCGCGAGGAGAUGUAUUCAUUCCACGGCAGCCUUCAAAUGACUUGUUUGAAAUAUUUGAAAUUGAAAGAGGAGUCAGUGCAGAUGAUGAAGCAAAGGAUGAUCCAGGUGUUCUGAUCCACAGUUGUAAUUUUGACCAUGGGCUUUGUGGAUGGAUCCGGGAAAAAGACAGUGACGUGCACUGGGAACCAGUGAGGGAUCCAGCAGGUGGACAGUAUCUGGCGGUCUCAGCAGCCAAAGGCCCGCUGGGGAGGGCCGCCCGCCUGCGGCUGCCCCUCGGCCACCUCCUGCACGCAGGGGACCUGUGCCUGUCGUUCAGGCACAAGGUGACGGGGCUGCACUCCGGCACGCUGCAGGUGUUUGUGAGGAAACACGCUGCCCACGGAGCAGCCCUGUGGGGAAGAAAUGGUGGCCAUGGCUGGAGGCAAACGCACAUCACCCUGCGAGGGGCCGACAUCAAGAGCGUCAUCUUCAAAGGUGAAAAAAGGCAUGGUCACACUGGGGAGAUUGGAUUGGAUGAUGUGAGCUUGAAAAAAGGCCACUGCCCUGAAGAACGUGAGCAACUCCAGAACUAGCAAUGAACCCCCAUGUUGCUCCCUCCUCUUUUUCCAACCUUCACCUCCUGUCCUCUCCUCCCUCUUUAUCAGGCCUAGGAAAAGAGUGGGUCAGGAAAGUCUGGUUGGUGACCCACAGCUUGCUGGCCUGCUUUUGUUGUGCAAUCCCAAUGAACAGUGACACCCUCCUUGAAAUACAGGGGGGCAUAUGUAGACGUGUCCAAAGUCGUUUUUGGGUGUUAACCUUUCAUGCCGUGUCUUUUUAAGAAGGCCUUCGACGUGUGUGACCUAUACCAUCCUUCAUCCUGGUUGCAAGGUGUUUCUUGUAGCAAAUUAUGGGAGAAGGUUUCAAAAGAAAUCUGUGCAAAUGGCCAUUCUGUUAUCUGUUCAGUGUUGUACCACGAGUAGUAUUGACUUCCCGAAGAUGUGUUGUACAGUGUGCUUGUGAAAUUUGGUUUCUCCUCUCCACUUGGUAUUGAUAGUUCUUGUCUGACCUGAACUCUUUCACUGCCAUUCUCUUUGUAAAAGAAGGGUGUAUAACAUAUCAAGAUGCAUUUAUUCUUGUUAACUGUAUUUUUCUUCUAAAGACAAUUAUGUAAAAUGGGCACAUAAUCCCUCGUUAUUAGUAUUGUAUUUUGUGUAAAUGUGUUAUUGGUAUUAAGUAGUUACAUGUUCCUAAUAGUUACAGACUCUAGUUGCAAGGGAAAGGCAGCUUGUGAUCUUUUGAGUUAAAAAAUACACGGUGGAAUGGCAUCCAGUUCCAUGACCUUAUAUUGGCAGCAAGAGAAAAUUGGAAGAGGUGUCAGGUUGUGGUCAUAGCGAGGUGAAUUUAAUGGCAUUGAGUUUGAUCACUACAAAGGACAGUAGACCAUUCAGUAAUAGACAGGAAACUGAGGUUAACAUAUAAAACCCUCACUGUUUCAGGUUACACUUGAAAACCAACAGCUUUUACCACAACAACAUGGCUCUUUCUGGCAAUCUGUAAGCAGCUUUAUGAAAGUUCGGGUUGUUUUGAAGAAAAGGUUCUGUUUGUGGAAGCCGGGUGUUUGGAAGCAUGGGGGAAGCUUCACUGAAAGAUUUUCAUACUAAUUUUUAAACAAGUAUAAAUUUAGGCAGGUCUAGAACAUGACCUAUGUGCUGUUGUGUCAGGAAAGGAUAGGAGGCAAAUCUCAUGCUUUGAGGCGUUGGAUGUGCUGGAAUGGGAUUCAUACACACACUAGGGCAACAGGACAAGAUUGGAAUUCUAAGACCAGUGAGACGACAACUGCAUUUCCUCCCUGCAAAGUUUACUCUUAGGUUUAAAAAUAUACAUACAGAACUUUUAAAAGGCAACUUAUUCCUGAGGCUUUCAUUUCUGAUUAAGUAAUCAAAAUAUUUUCUGCUGUUUUUGCCAGGAAUCACAAAGAUGAUUAAAGGGUUGGAAAAAAAGAUCUAUGAUGAAAAGUUAAAGGAACUGGGAUUAUUCAGCAUGGAGAAGAGAAGACUGAGGGGCAAACCAUUGCUGGUUUUCAAGUAUAUAAAGGGUUGGUACA